CUGCAGCACAGGUCAGGCAAGGCCCACUCGUGUCAGUGUCAAGGAAUGGUUCCAUGAAGAGAGAUUAUGCCACAGCUGCUGUGCUGUGCUAUGUGAACUUAAUAAAUUUCAUGGAUUGGUUCAUUGUACCAGGAAUCCUGUUAGACAUACAGGGAUACUUCAAGCUUAGUGAUGGGGAUACUGGCCUACUGCAAACAGUCUUCAUCUUGUGUUACAUGCUGGCAGCACCCAUCUUUGGAUACCUCGGGGAUCGGUACAACAGGAAAAUCAUCCUUGGAGCUGGUGUUUUCUUCUGGUCUGCUGUAACAUUAGGCAGUUCAUUCAUCAGUGAAUGGUAUUACUGGAUAUUCUUUCUUUCACGAGGACUGGUUGGCAUUGGCACAGCCAGUUAUUCCACAAUAGCACCAACCAUCAUUGCAGACCUGUUUGAGGAAGGAAAAAGGACCACAAUGUUAUCUAUCUUCUAUAUCUUCAUCCCAGUGGGAAGUGGUCUUGGUUAUGUCCUAGCAGCUGGCAUGGCAGAUGUCACAGAUGACUGGCACUGGGCAUUCAGGAUAACUCCUUGCAUGGGAGGUCUGGCACUGGUUCUCCUGAUCCUACUGGUCCCUCACAGGACCCAGAGGAGGACAGCAGCACACAGAGCCCUGAGCAUCUCCGGGACAAUCCGAGUCAAAGCUGAGAAACCAGGUGUGCAGAGAACUGCCAAGACUACUUGGUGUCAAGAUGUUGCAUCACUUGCCAAGAACUGGAGUUUUGUCUGGUCAUCACUGGGUCUGACUGCCAUGGCCUUUGUUACUGGAGCCCUGGGGACCUGGGUACCUCUGUUUCUUUACAGGGCUGAGGUUGCCCAGGGCACUGAACCACCCUGCCUCCAAGAAUCAUGCAACUCAUCUAACAGCCUAAUAUUUGGAGGCAUCACAAUUGGGACAGGAAUCUUGGGUGUCACUGCUGGAGCAGAAGCUGCAAGAAGAUUAAGGAAGAUAAACAGUAAAGCUGAUCCUCUGAUCUGUGCCACAAGCAUGUUCAUUUCUGCUCUCUGUCUCUACGUAGCUCUGGUGAUGGCCCAGACAAACAUCAUUUCCACUUUUAUUUUUGUUGCAUUUGGAGAACUGUUUUUAUCUGUAAACUGGGCUGUUGUGACAGACAUAUUGCUGUAUGUUGUGACACCCAGACGGCAGUCUACAGCUCUUGCCCUGCAGAUCUUGGUGAGCCAUCUGCUGGGAGAUGCAGGCAGCCCAUAUCUCAUUGGGACUAUUUCCAAUGCUAUCCAGGCCAACAAGGUUCCCUCAGCCCAGUGGAGUUUCUGGAGCAUGCAGUACAGCUUCAUUCUCUGUGCUUUUGUUGGUGUCCUGGGAGGAGGUUUUUUUCUCCUGACAUCUUUCUACAUCGAGGAAGAUCGGAAGGAAGCAGAACAGCUUUGAGGUACCAGAUGUGAAUGCUGCCUUUCAAAUGAAGAUGAACUCUGGGGCAAGAUCUCCAAAGAAGAGAAUCCCCUCCCUUUUUUCUUUCCUUUUUGCUUAAUGAGAUACAGCUAGAGAAAAGGCUGAAUAACAGUUCCUCCAUAUGGCAGAAAAUCCUGCACACUGACUUUUGGGGAUGAUUUUAGCUGUGAGUCAGAAACUGCUUCUGCCUUGGCAUAUGGCAGCCCCCCCAUCUGCAGAAGAGGCAUGAGCAGUCUGUGGGGCUGGGGAGCUGCAGAAAGCAGUGUCCAGAGCUGUCACAGGCUGCCUGAAACCCAACAGUGGCAUUUAAGGCAGAAUAUUUUGGGGGAGAUUAGGAAGGGAAGCCUAUGGAUUUUCAGCAGGGUAAGAUCUGCCUGUAGAAUUUGGAAAAUGUAGAUAGCACAACAAGAGUUUAAAGUUGUCUGAAAUGACCAAGAGAAUCAGAAACUAUCAAAGGCAGUGUCAGAGUCAAGAGUGAUUCAAGUUGUGAUUAUUUUAUAUGUAAUAAGUUAAUGGCCUCCUCAUGAUCCUUUGAGGUUCUUCAGUGUUUCCUCAGGCUUUGGGUAAGUAUCUCCUCUGAUGAGUGAACAAUAGCAGCUGUAUAACCACUGGUAUCUAACUAUCCAUUUGAGUUUUUAUCUCUGAAGUGAAUAAGACUUUGGAUGUGGUAUCUAUUGUCACAACACAAUGCCAGGUGCCAAGCAGGACAUGAUUUGUGUGGCCAACUUCCAGUGUUUGAGGUGGUGUCAUUCCCAGCAGCACUGUAAAGCCAAAGCCUGAGGAAGGUAUUAGCAGGUGAAUUGUGAAGUACUCUGAAUCCUCUCUGAUUCUCCCAGUAAAUUGUAAGGAUCAAAAAAGCACAAGAUUCCUGCAAUGGCUGUGAAUAUCUACUGACAUUAUAAAUACCACAGUUCAGUAAAUGCAAGCUGUUUCUCUCUCUCCCUCAUUUAAAAAAAAAAAAAAAUCUGUUCUGAAACCUGACUUAAACCCAGCUAGUGAGGUUUGCCAUUAUGGGAAAUAAUAGAGAAGCUUUGUUUUGGUGAUACUUGGUAAGAGUGUAAUUAUUGUCUUUAAAAUAAAAGUUGGU